UUUCUAUAUGCCCGUCAAAAACCAUAUUGCAAUGCAUUGUGAAGAUCCGAGAGCCCCUUUCGGCAUGAAAAUAGCCCGGAUCAUCGUUGACAGGGGCCGCAGGAAAACAAAGGAUUGAAACGGCAAAACUCCGACGGAGGGUGUCGUGGCCCCGGUCGGGGCAUCACUUUGUCAGGAGCCUCGAAGCUCAGGCCACACUUUGCUGAUAAUGUUGCAGAAGAUCAGUGGAGCUCGGGUCAGGAAAAGGGGCGAGCCGAGGAAGGGCAAGAAUCCCAUGUCCAGAGCGCCCCCGUCCCAGGUGACACUGACAAUGAUUGCCGCCAGGACCAGACCUGGUUUUCCCGCGUUGCAACUCCCGGCCUCCCGGUCCGCCACGCAACCAUACGAUCUCGAGGAAAGGAGUAUCGCUGUCGUCGACGUUGUGUUCGUCGUCUAGGAGACGCCGCCCGGUGGAGUCGCGGUCUCUCCCGUCUCGAGUUUCUUUCCUGUGCAUAUUUCGAGGAAGUAUUGGCUUGGCCCCCCAGCGCCAGUUCGUCCAAAAUGACGGUAAGGGGGCGGUCACGGUCUGGAAUUUCUCCGUCCAAUAAUGGUCACGAGGCCUCCAGCGAAGCGACCCGCA